AAAUUAUCGAAUGAGAAACGCUAGAAUGAGGGUUUAAUUGUACAAAAAACAGAAAAGGGCUAUUGUUUCGUCUUCCUCAAUUUGCUGCUUGAAACUGGAAAGGGAUUUUGGAGGAAAAAGGAUCCCCGAUUGGAAUUCCCCGGUUAACAACUCGGUAUACUCUAUUUCGAUAUUCCUAACUUGUUUACCUUGAAUGCAUUGAUGAUUCGAAUGCUAAAAUCAGUUGACUAUUUACCUUCAGUUUCGACACUCAUUUUCACGAACAAAAUUUUUCAAUCAAACUCCAAAGAUUACUCAUCAUCGUCUCUCCAGACAAUAACGGAAUCUAAUCAAACCAAAAUUUUCAUAACAAACCCGCUUUACAAUUUUCUUUCCGAAACCCAAAAUCCGAAUAACCUGGUCAAUCUUAUCUGUUCAUCUCUCAAGCAAAAGAACGAUGCCCAUCUGGCCCUUCUCCAAGAGAAAGGAUUAUUUCGUGAGUUCACGAACCAUGAAAUGUUUAGGGUUUUGCUUAGAUGCCAAGCUGACUCAUCCACUGCUCUUGCGUUUUUCAACUGGGUAAAGAAUGACCUUGAUAAACAACCAAGCACUCAAAACUACUGUAUCAUUAUUCAUAUUUUAGCAUGGUCUAAAAAUUUUAAGCAAGCAAUGGAAGUAAUGUUGGAAUUGGUAGAGUUGAAAAGAAAUGUGAAUUCUUCAGAAAGUUUGACGGUCUUUAAGAUCUUGCUUAAUUGUACUGAUAAGUGUAAUUGGGACCCUGUUGUAUUUGACAUGCUUAUCAAGGCUUAUCUCAAAAAGGGUAUGGUUCGAGAAAGUUUUCAAGCUUUUAGGAAAGUGGUAAAGCUAGGAUUUGUUCCAAGCACUAUUACGAUUAACUGCUUGUUGAUUGGGAUUUCGAGGAUGAAUUGUGGUGAAAAGUGCUGGGAAAUUUAUGAGGAAAUGGUAAGAAUCGGGGCUCAUCCCAACUCAUGUACCUUUAACAUAUUGACUCAUGUUUUGUGCAAGGAGGGAGAUGUGAAUAAGGUGAACAAGUUUUUGGAGAGAAUGGAGGAAGAAGGAUUUGAUCCCGACAUUGUGACCUAUAAUAUGCUUAUUGAUAGCUAUUGCAAAAAGAGGAGAUUGAAGGAUGCUGUUUAUAUGUAUAAUAUCAUGAAUAUAAGAGGUGUGAUGCCAGAUUUGAUCACACACACGACCUUGAUAAAUGGCCUUUGUAAGGGAGGUAAUGCAAGAGAGGCUCAUCGGUUGUUUCAUCAAAUGAUUCAUAGAGGGCUGAAACCGGACGUAUUCUCAUACAAUACUCUUAUAUGUGGAUAUUGCAAGGAGGGAAUGAUGCAAGAGGCGAGGUCUUUGGUGCUUGACAUGAUUGACUGUGGGGUUAACCCUGAUAGUUUCACUUGUUGGAUGCUUGUAAAAGGAUAUCAGAGUCAGGAUAAGUUGAUUUCUGCGAUGAAUUUGGUGGUGGAGCUCUUGCGGUUUAGAGUGUCCAUAUCUGGAUAUGCAUAUGAUUAUUUGAUCUUUGCUUUGUGCAAGGAGAAUCGACCAUUUGCAGCAAAAUCCCUUUUGGAAAGAAUAUCUCAAGAUGGCUAUGAGCCAAAUGCGGACAUCUACAAUGAGUUGAUUGAUUCUCUUUGCAAAAGUAGUAGUUCAGUGGAGGAGGCACUGAAAUUGAAAGUAGAGAUGGUAGCUAAGGAUGUAAAGCCUAAUUUAUGUGCAUAUAGAGCUAUUAUUAGACGUUUGUGUGGAUUAAACAGAAGCAAGGAGGCCGAAUCUUUGAUGCGAGAAAUGGUUGAAUCUGGCUUCCAACCUGAUGUUGAAAUUUGCAGAGCUUUGAUGAAUGGGCAUUGCAAGGAGAAAAACUUCCGAGAGGCAGAAUCAUUGUUGGGCUCCCUUUCUAAGGAAUUUCAGAUCUUUGAUGCAGAAUGUUAUAAUGCACUUGCUAGUUUGCUCUCAGAGGAAGCUGGCACUACUGAGUUGAUGGAAUUCCAAGAUAGGAUGAUGAAAGUAGGUUUUGCACCAAAUAUUUUGACAUGUAAGUAUGUAAUUGAUGGAAUGUCGAAAGCCAAAGGAGUGUAAAAAUGUUAUUUCGGUGGCUUGCUAUUGUAUAAUCCUUAACUUCAUUUUCAAUCCACCUUCUCUUAAAAGAGGCAAUCCCAGGAUCUCUGUUCAUUUGUGUAGCCCUCAUUUUAACACUUCAUUCCCUUAGUUACUGUUCAUUCACUGAUUCCUCCAAACAUCUCUCAUAUAAAAGUGGCUUUUGCUCUCUCUCUCUCUCUGCAAGUCCUCUGCUUUUGGACGAGCUCCUCUCUCGACCAAACCUUAAAUAAGAAGAAGAAAGAUGGGAAUUUUACAUUAGUUCAGUUGAAACAAGGGAAUCAAGUUCCAGCGGUUUUUGAUCGAACUGGGGAGGAAGUUCAGUGCCCUUUAUUGAAUUGAAACAAAGGGGAUAAAGUUCCAGCAGUUUUGAUCGAAUUGGGGAAGAAGUUCAGUGGCCUUUAGCGAAACAGGAGGCCGCGGUUUUCUUUUUCCCCUCUAGCUUAAGAGACUCUACCCAUAAAUUACUGUUCAUUAGUGAUUUCCUCAUAUUCACAAAUGAAUCCCCCUAGCUCUUUCUCCACAACCAAACGAAAACCUUAAGGGAAGAAGAAAGUUAAAACACUUGAUGGCGGUUGAGCCCGACACACAGCGGUGGUAUCUGCAGAGCUUCAGCAAAGCGAAGAUCAAUAGACAAGUGAGAGCUUCGAUGGCCAAUGUGUUGAGAAGGUAUUGAAUGUUUCCAUACCAUGCGUUGUGAAAGUUUUCUUCUCCGACUGAUGAUGGUGUACACAUCAGCUGAAGCUGUCAUGGAGUUCUAGCAUUCUGUAGAGACUGGAGGGUGUUUUGUAUAUGGGCGAAGCAGAAAAUUCUUACAGGGAAAGAGUAGAUUGCAAAAAAAAAAAAAAAGUGUUCUUUUGGAUCACUGGGUGGUUACAGAUCCUGGUGGGAUUUAUUUUUGUUUGUGAAGUUCCAUUUUCCCAUGGAGCUACCAAUCCUAAUGAUGAUUGAGAAAAAAAUGGAAGGAUGGGGUAGUUGAAGUAGAGACUGAGGAUAAAGACACCGAAGGUGCCAGGACGUCUAUGAUACCACACAUGUUUAUAAAACUCUCAUUGCUUCUGAUACCAGCACUUAUGGUGGUUUCUGUUCCUUGUCAAGCUGCGAAGGAUUGCUUCCCCCCACCGGACUAUAAACAACAGAGGCCUUCUCAGGAGCUUGUUGCUGAGGAUAUACAUAGGAUUGAGUGGAAAUUUUGGCAUAUCUGCAGAGUUGUCUUACUCUUUAGUAAAUCUUGCUCAAGGCAAAAGAGCUGCAAACGAAGCUUUGCAGCAAAGACUUGGGGUUGAAAAAGGCUGAUCUGCCUUUGGUAGGAAUUAUCACCCACAUAACUCAUCAGAAGGGAAUACACCUUAUUAAACAGGCUAUCUGGCGCACCCUGGAAUGCAAUGGAUGGGUAUUCUUUAUUUUCUCUGCUUUUCUUCCGCAUAUGAACUAAUGACAAUGGCAUUCAAAUUAAUUUCCCUCCCCUUGUUUCUUACGACUAUUAUUCUUGGGCAUGAAUAAUGUUUUAUUCCGUCCGGUUUGGAAAUCACGACGACGUGGUUCUGAGACCAAACAAAGCUAAUCUGGGGUAGCAACUCUUGUUGGCUAAUUGUUUUAUGUCUGCAUUAGAGUUUACUUUAUCACCUCAUGUUCUUCAUAUGUUUCGUUGACUGUAUUUUAUGGGUGACAUUAUAUGUAAAUUUACCUCAUCAAAUCAAAUCAAUUUUUAAUUUUUUUGUAA